AUGGGCGGGAUCACAGAGCCCACUUUCACAGGGUACAUUGCAUCAACACACGACGCCUUGCUGGUCUUCGAGGCAGUGCGCCAAAAGAAGAUGUCGAAGAUUCCCCGCAGGCUACGCGAUGAUGAACGUAAGCUGAUCCGAAGUGGAUCGGUGUUUGUGUUCGACGAGCGUGAGAGCGGCAUCAAGCGCUGGACGGACGGGCUUUUGUGGAGCCCAAGUCGCAUACUGAUGAACUUUCUGGUCUACCGUCAGAUAGACAAAAAGCAGCACCAGGUCAAGGGCUCUUCCGACCCUUCGUUGCGGGAAGAUGACAGCUAUGAAUCGAUGGCGGACGAGUCCAUUGGUACAGGCCUUCCUGUGCCUGCUACAACAGAAGAGCUUCAUCCCUUCGAGCUAGGAGUGCCUAUGGCAGAUUUUCCGGGCACUGAUGCCGUCAAUGACUUUCUUGGUUUGCCCUCGACAGACCUACCGUACAAUCCAAAUGCCGAAGCUAUGUCCAGACUCAAAUCCGAGGGCAGCGUGUUGGACACCGCUGCGGCUUGGAACUCGGCAGCAAGCGAUCCCUCAGGUUUCAUGAACUUCGGCACCUCGACGAUUGGCUUUGCUGGCGCUGGUACGGCUGCCAGCGGCUCGCUGACAGACGCAGACACCUCUGCUUCACAGAGCUCUGGAAACGUCGGCCGCCCCAAGUCAGCGCCUCACUCUGCAAGUGCAUACGAUCAGGCAAGCUUGGCCAAAAGGGAAGCCGACUUUGAGCGGAGCUUGGUCGGCAGUCUCACGAACAGCUACCCGUUUGCCAAGAAUGGUCUUUGCAAAAAGACCAUUUCCAUGCAGGUUGAGGGCUCCACGCAGCACCUCAUCUCGUACUACAGCGUUGAGGACGUACGAGCAGGCCGUCUGCGCACACCCUCGACGUUGCCGGAGAUCAGUGCGAUUCAAAUUUCGCCCGUAUUCCUAAGCAAGAGCUCCUUCAGGUUUCCUCCCAAAGUCUUCUAUGACCCCGAUGGUCAGCUGCGGUACUGUCGAGAUACGAACGUGGAAGAUGAGGGUGCAUACAGUCUCGACCUCGGUUCGAGCGGGGAGGGUACCUCGGGCAGCGACAGUCGAAGCCGCCGUGAAAGCCAUGAAGCCAACACUUUUGGUCUCGGUCCUCGCCACGCUCCAGGAUAUGGACGCACUGUGCCGCCGUUGCGGACAGCCGGCAACAUGAGCACUAGCGGCUGGGACGCCUGGACAAGCUCGAACCCAGCAUCUCCAGAUAUCCAACUGCCAGCAGGUGUUGGUGACAAUCGGCCUUUCAAUCCCGGCAUGCCGCGCCGCGCCUCAGACGCCUUGACGAGAUCUCGAUUGGGCAGCGGAAGAUUUGAGCCUUAUCCGGGAGCUACAGCGCAUCCGAUGGCUGGAUCCGGAUCUCCACCUUUGCUUCCACACUCUGGCUAUGCUGGCGGUCCUCACACCAGCCCAAUCCAGAGUCCUCAGAUGGGACGGCAUCGAGCGGACUCAGAACGUCGACAGAGGAUUGGACCGCGAUUGCAUUCGUCGCAGUCGAUGUGGAAUCUCUCAGAGUUCGCGUCUGCCUCUCAAACCCACCCAAGGUUUGAAGCACACGGUCGCCUCCAACCCGCAAGUGAGUUCGCGCUCGGCGAAAGCGCUCAGGGAUGGCUUCCAACGCAGUCAGGCAGCGGCACCCUGCCUUCGCGUCAAGGUGCGUGGUCACCGACUCCCCAAGCAUACGGAAACAAUGUCGCAGGUGGUCCGAGCGUCCGAGAGCCGCCAUCGUGGUCCGACAGGCCGAUCGCAAGAGCGGGACCUUCCUUGGGCUCGCCCGAUAACAAUAUGGCUCGGCACUUCCUCUCCAGCACUCCUUCGGCGCACUCGGGCUUUGCAUGGCAUGAUCGCAUCCCACCGUUGGGAACCACAUUCUCAGCCGAUACCAGUGCGAAUCAACGUGGGUUGUCAAAUCCUUAUCAGCAAGUCCUGCCGCCAUCAAUCUACACCCCAGCAACCAGUCCAGCACUCGGCUCGUCACAUUACGAUGGGACUGCGUGGAGCGGACCCUAUGAGCGCGAGCCGCAGCAAUCCCAUUCCACGGCUUACAGGACAAAUGUGCAGCGGCCAGACUCGAGCGGUUCCAACGUGUCCAACCAUGCUCUUGGUACAUCACCGCAGUACGGCAACAUGGGGAUGCAGAGAGGUAGAAACCAGACGCAGAGCCGACCUGGAACGGGCAAUUCAGAACUCGGUACCGUCUAUCUAUCCAAGCCAUCAAGCGAGUCACACCGAUCGCCUCGCUGA